AUGGAAUACCAAUCCUACUACAACGAGAUCGUAGACAUCCUCCAGCGCAAGCCAAGAGAUCCCCGAAUAUUGCCAGGAACCAAGAACGCGGAGCUCAGCUUCAAGCACAUCAGAAGAGUGUACGAGUCCGCGAUCCGCGUUUCACAAAGUACCCUUUGGGAAGUCAAGAACUGGAAGGUGGAAUGGGGAAGAGAAGAGGGAUACUAUCGAUAUCGAGCCGAUCAGAUACUGUGGAACCAUUACUGUAAGCAAACAUUUUACUGCCAAUUCCCACCUCUGACUUGCACAUUGGGUACUGAUAUACAUAGUUGGCGAGAACCAAGAAUUUCCUUGGCAUUGUGAGGAGUUCCAUCGCCCUGCUGAGCCACAGUUAUGCAAUCCAUAUCAACGUCAUUAUCUUGAUAUCUUUGAAAUCAUCUAGUAUCCACGUCAGCUAGGGGGACCCAAGGGAUUAUUGACGACAAUCACCGACGAGCAGCUGGAUAGAGAGUUUAUCCAUCGAAUGUGGGAGCGUGCUGGUCGGGUUGCGAGACACCCGGACCAAGGCGCAGAACGAGGAAGAGAAAAUGAUUACUACGCACACCGAACUGAAGUCAUCUUGUGGGAAAUGUAUUGUAAGUUUACUCCAGCUGAGUCCAUCCCUAGUUCACUCCUUAUCUUAUGCUUGUAAACUCUGCUACGUGAAUCUCGUGAUUAUGUGGAAUGAGUUACUACUCUAACUCGAUCCAGUCGACAAGAACCGCCGUCCCUUCCCCUGGGACUCCACUCCUCGUCCACGUCCAUUACCACCACCAUACGCAACCCAAGCACCCAACUCCCAAGUAGCACUUCCAGAACCACAAGACCAGGCAAGCGUUCUCAACAUCACGGCAAGGAUGCGAGAAGCACUCGACAUCAUGAGCGAAAAAGAUGCCACAGAAGAAGAACGCCGAAAGUUGGGAGCAGCUAUGGCCCAACACAUGUGUAUGCUAGACGCAAGAGAGCUAGAUAUGUAUCGAAUUGCCCCUGAGGGAUUCUGUACUUGGGAGAAUGAAGAAAUCUUUCAGUGGAAGCUUGAACAUCCUAAAUGGCAAGAGGACUUGGUAGAUGGCAGACGGGCGCGAAACGGACAUAUAGCGAUGCCUUCGAUGCAUAGUCAGGGAGAGAAAAGGUAG